GGUAUACUUGGACAGAGGGGUGGCGUGUGGACGUGGUAUACUUGGACAGAGGGGGUGGCGGUAGGACGUGGAGGUAUACUUUGGACAGAGGGGUGGCGGUGGACGUGUGUAUACUUGGACAGAGCGGUGUCAGUGGAUGUGGUAUACUUGGACAGAGGGGUGGCGGUGGAUGUGGUAUACUUGGACAGAGGGGGGUGAGGUGGACGUGGUAUACUUGUACAGAGGAGUAGAGGUGGACAUGGUAUACUUGGACAAAGGAAGUGGCGGCUGUGGAUGUGGUAUACGCUUGGACAGAGCGAGUGGUGGUGGUUAUGUGGUAUACUUGGACAGGAGGGGUGGCACAGUGGACGUGGUUUACUUGGACAGAGGGGUGGAGGUGGGAUGUGGGUAGUAUACUUUGGACAGUGAGGUGGAGUGGCGGGUGGAUGUGGUAUACUUGGACAGAGGGGUGGCAGUGGACGUGGUAUACUUUGGACAGAGGGGUGGCUAUAGAUGUGGUAUACUUGGACAGAGGGGUGGCAGUGGACAUAGGUAUACUUGGGCAGAGGGGGUGGCGGUGGAGUGGUAUACUUGGACAGAUGGGUAGUGGUGUUGCGGUGGAUGUGGUAUACUUGGACAGAGGGCUGGCAAGUGGGCAUGGUAUACCUUGGACAGAGAGGGUAGGGCUGGUGGCGCGUGGGAACGUUGGUAUACUUGGACAGAGGGUGUGGCAGUGGACGUGGUAUACUUGGACAGAGGGGGUUGGCUAUAGAUGUGGUAUACUUGGACGGAGCAGAGUGUAGGGGUGGCGGUGGUGGAUGUGGUAUACUUGGACAGAGGGUGGUGGCUGGAUGGAUGUGGUAUAUGGGAGCAGAGGGGUGGUAUAGAUGUGGUAUACUUGGACAGAGGGGAGUGGCGGUGGUUUUGGACGUGGUUAUUACAUUGGACAGAGGAGUGGGCUUUUGGUGGACGUGAGUAAGAUGGUUGAAUGAUUGCUAUACUCUGUAUGGUCUGCGGAGGUGGGUCUAGU